AUUUAUGUAUACGCAAGCUGACUGCUAGGAUUCAUCGCAGACCGGACUUCACCAUGGCUGAGGCUGAGGCUGUCCCGGAGACUUACGAGCUUGCAAGAAUAGGCACCUUCCUCUCUUGCUUCCCUUCGGCGUUUGGCUGUCCACGACAGGGCCUCGCAGCGCCUUCUGUCCGGGGCCGCAUACAGCUUGCAAAGUGGAUGCAAGGGGGAAACCAUUUCUUGUCUGGCUUGGAGGCGUUUUCACACAUUUGGGUCACCUUUCUGUUUGACAAGAACAAACACAGUAGCGCAUCAUUCUCAUCCAGUUCGUUCUUGAAGCCCACUGUUCGACCACCUUGGCUUGCAGGUGACGAUGGGCGCCGCGGAACUCGGGGAGUUUUUGCAACAAGAUCGCCUCACCGUCCAAACCCACUUGGGUUGACCCUUUGCCGAUUGGAUUAUGUGGACCAUGAUGCAGCAACUGUUUAUGUAAGUGGUGUCGAUGUGAUAGAUGGAUCAGCAGUGUUGGACAUAAAACCAUACCAUCCAGUUGACUCAGUUGCAAAAACGGAGGAUUUGCGAUUUGCCAAUUGGCUGCCAGAGCCACGAGCUUCUGCUGAAGUGACCUGGAGUGGUCAAGCUCUUGAUGAACUUCUUAGCUUGCAGAAGCUAUGCCAGUUUUAUCCCGACUCUCGUGAUCAAUGCUUAGAGGAGUUGCUUCUGUUUUUGCGCACUUCAAUCGAGGAAGUGAUAGGUGGGCUUACGCCGCAAUCACGGCAGUCCAAGAAAGAGAACUCAAACUAUUGGGUCAUGGAUUUUGAUAGCUUGAGUGUGGUCUUUCGCUCUGAAGGCCGCCGACUUUUGAGGUUGUGCGAGUACAAAGCGGGGAGCGCCAAAGAUUGUCAAAGGAGUGGCUGCAGGAGCUGAAAGCACAGCUGGAAACGCAUUCUGUAGGUGAGGCAGCAAACUUGGGACUUUGACAAACAAGUUUUGAAGAAAAAGGACCUCAUUGACUUGAUUCGCUAGCGUUUGUGCAUGCCGGCAAGCGGUCUUGUGCAUUGCUUGUCGCUAAUGCUCUUGCGGACAACUGCUUAGAUGCCAAAACCUAAAGUGCUUGAGCUUCGAUUGAAGACCAAACGAUGCCCUGUGUUUUCAGUUUAGCAUUGGACAUGUUUGUAUUGUGGCUCAUCUAACAACCUCAGUUUGAUAUUGACAUUUUCAAUUUCUCAAGCCUGGAAGGGGGUACAUGAACACUGUAGGCUC